UUAACUUUGGUUUUGCAUUCUGUUGUUGCAGGAGUGUACUACGAGCCCGAAUGUAACCCCUGGUCUCUGAACCAUGCAGUUCUGGCCGUUGGGUAUGGAACCACCAAGGACGGUCAGGACUACUGGCUGGUGAAGAACUCAUGGGGCAACCAGUGGGGCGAGGAGGGCUACAUCAAGAUGGCGCGCAACCGUGACAACAACUGCGGUAUCGCUUCGUGGGCCAGCUACCCUGUUGUCUAGAGAAAUCGGACAAACAUCAUUUCCGUCAAUUAAGCAAUCGUACCAGCUACCCCGUUGUCAAGAAUCGGUCAAAGGUGAAUAACGUCAGUUGUCAGUUGAGCAAUCGUACUUGUAGAGAUGGAUUGACUUCCUAACCACAUAUGGAUCGUAGUCUAACCACAAAUCGGUCAACAUGAAUUCCGUCAUUUAUCAGUCGAGCAAUCGUAAAAGUCAUUAUAAUAUUGUAGAAAUGGAUCGGCUUCCUCGUUGUCCAACCACAAAUCGGUCAAACAUGAUUUCUGUCAUUUAUCAGUCGAGCAAUCGUAAAAGUCAUAUUUGUAGAGAUGGAUCGGCUUCCUCGUUGUCUAAUCACAAAUCGGUCAAACAUGAAUUUCGUCACUUAUCAAUCGAGCAAAUCACAUCAGAUACAGUUGUAGAGAUUGAUUCCGUUUAUGAAAUGGUCGAGCAAAUAACUUGAACAAAUCAGUGAAAUCUGUUUGCCAUCAAAUUACAAAUCAGAACAUGAAUAUGAAUAAGUGUUAUGCCGGCGGAUUAGAUGAAGAUUAAAUUUGUUUUAGAAUGAUUGGACGGUAUUCAAAUGAAUAGAUUAGUUUAAAUCUAGAUUAAUAGUAUUGUAGAUCUUAAUUGGUUAUGGAAAUCGUCAUUGGAUUGAAUAAGUUAGAUGAAUAAAGUUUGAGAUGGAUCUCAAUAAUAAUAUCGAGUGGCCUGGCUGGCUCAGGUCUGGUGUCAGAGUUUCAGGUCGCAACUGAUCAAUUUCAGGGCCUCUGUCAUCAUGUAUCUCAAUGAAUCAGGCGAAGAAGAUGUAGCGUAAAUUGAAUGAAGAUGAAUUAAUUGUGGAAAUAUUCAAUCAAUGAACCAGUUAGCUUAAAGUUAUAAAACAAAUUCAGGCGAAUGAUUAAUCGAUUUUUGGUAGAAAUAUAUUUAUCAAAGCAAAAUAUUUCCAAACAUCUUGGACGAUUUUGUAACCGGGGUGUAAUUCUUCAAUCAAAUAAAUAAUUCCAGAAUCAAAUUCAGCUCAACGAUUUCUCGAUAUGAAAUUCAUCGUCAACUCAUUGCUCAUAUUUUUAAUCAAAAGACACUCUCUAUUUUUUGUGUGAUAAGUAUAGUAUUAAUAUUGAUGACAGUGCAGUUUUUUCUAACUUUAGUUAGCAAUUUUAGUUCUAUUUUAGUGCUGUUAAUUGUGUAAGCAUUGGUGUAAUGUUAGAACUGUACAUAUUUAUGUUUUGUAUUUUUGUAAGUAUUAAUUUGAGAAUAUAAGUUUAAACGGA